CUCUUGUGAAAGAUCUUUCGCCUCCAAACACGGUUCGAUUUUCUCUCUUCGUUGUUGCUGAAGAGGAGAAUAAUACAGUCUUCGCAACACCUGAAUACAAAUCCGCCUCAGACACCAUGGGCACUCUCCGAGAUCUUCAGUUUGCGCUCCAGCUGAAGAUCGAAGAGCUGCGUCAGAGAGAUGCUCUGAUCGACGAACUCGAGCUCGAGCUAGACGCCAAAGACGAUCUCAUCCGGCGUCUGCAGGGCGAGCUCGACCGCCUAAGGGUCACCCUCAGCGCUCCAGGACCUGCCACAGGGCAACACCGAGCAUCGUCUGUAAGGAUGAAGAGAAGAUCAGUGAUUACACAGCCUACAAACCUGGACCCAAAUCUGAUCUUACAGAAUCCUCCCAUGAGCCACAGCAAGAAUCAGGAGUCUCAGCACGUGAUCGAGGCGGCGCUGAGGGAGAACGAGUGGCUGAGGUAUGUAGGCAGCGAAUUAUCAGACCUGGUGGAUUGUGCGUACCCUACUACCGCUGCCCAGGGAGCCCGGGUCGUUCAGGAGGGCGAUGAGGCGUCACAAGCCUUUAUACUAGAAGAGGGAAAACUCGAGGUAACCAGGGCUGGCCAGAAGCUGCACAUUAUUGAAGCUGGAACCUUGUUUGGAGAGCUGGCCCUGCUUUACAACUACACCUGCACAUCGACUGUUACAGCACUGGUAAGCAGUAAGCUGUGGGUGAUCGAGCGUCAGGCGUUUCAGAGGAUCAUGCAGAGGAGCAGCGUUCUCCGCAUCACUCAGGCUGUGGAGGUUCUCCGCAGCGUGCCGAUGCUCUGCGCCUUACCAGAUGAUGAUCUCGUUAAAAUCUCAGAUGCUCUGCAAGAGCGUCAUUACAGCGACGGUGACUACAUCGUGAGACACGGCGUUCCUGGAGACGCAUUAUUCGUUGUGAACCGUGGCCAGGUGCGAGUGUUAGAGAGGCGCUCGGUCAGUGAGGACAGUGUGUGUGUGUCCAUCCUUUCCAGUGGAGACAGCUUCGCGGACAGAGCUCUGAAAGGAGAGGUUUCAAGGUCUUUGAGUGUCGUUUCUGUAGGCGAUGUCACAUGUCUAAUCAUAAACCGAGAGUCUGUUAUGAGGUUUACAGGAACAUCUGCAGAUGCUAAGGAGAUCGGAAGCAGUGAGGCCAAAGUCAGAAGUGCAGACGGAGGUGACAGACUGCGCCGUGUCUCUCUCGGUGACAUUCAGGUGCUGUGUAAACUUGGAGAAAGACGGUUCAGCAACACACAUCUGGUACAUUUAAAGAACGACCCCAGCCACGUGUUUGUGCUGAAGGUCAUAAGUAAACAUGCUUUAGUGAGCACGGGCAACAGAGCAUGCAUCUUCACCGAGAAACAAAUCCUGCUGGAUGCCACCUGUCCAUUCAUCGUCAGGUUAUAUUGCACCUUUAGAGAUUCAAAGUGCCUGUACAUGUUGAAGGAGGCAUGCUUGGGUGGAGAUCUGUGGACUUUACUAAGCGAGCGGGGUCCGUUCGAUGAAAACGCAGUCCGUUUCUACACCACCUGUGUUCUGGAGGCUUUGAGAUUCCUCCACGACCAAGGCAUCGUCCACCGAGACCUGAAACCAGAGAACGUGCUGCUGGAUCAGAAAGGAUACGCCAAACUGGCAGGCUUCGGCUCUGCUACGCAGCUUGGUUCUCUCCAGAGAGCCUGGUCAUUCUGUGGCUCGCCAGCUUACCAGGCUCCAGAGAUCAUACUGCACAAAGGCCACGGUGUGAUGGCGGAUCUCUGGGCUUUAGGAGUCUUUGUAUAUGAAUUACUCAAUGGCAGUCCUCCAUUCCAGGGCCCAGAUCAGCUAAAGAUCUGUGCAGCUGUUUUGAAGGGAAUCGAUGCUGUAGAGUUCCCAGAGGCCAUCAGCAAUCCUGCAGCUGAUUUUAUUAAACAGCUCUGCAGAGAGAAUCCCAGGGAGAGACUGGGCCAGACGAGCGGCGUCAGAGACAUCCAAGUCCACAAGUGGUUUGAAGGAUUUGAUUGGGAUGCUGUGUGUAAAGGUUUAUACACGCCACCUAUAUUACCACAUGUCCCAGGCUUUUUGGAUGGUUCCGGCAGCGAGAAUCACACUGAUUCAUCACCAGGACAUGACUCGGACUGGGACAAAGACUUUUGAUCUGUCUCUUGCUCAUAUAUUAUGUGAUAGAUCAUGUAAAAAGACUGUUAUAAUGAGCAUUCUUCUAGGGAAAACAAGUAAUGGAAUUUUUAGCAAGUCAGAAUCAGAAAUAUUUAAAUAAUUUUCUACCUA